AUUGUUAAUACAUUUUGUCAAUAAACGUGUAGUAUAGUGGGGAUGUAUCUUAAAAGCUUGCAAGGACAUGGAUACGUCUUAUUCACGCACGAAACCGUCAUGUGCGCCGUAUACAACUAUAGAUCGAGAGCCCGCUAUUCAUUAUAUAUUUCAAAAUUUGGAUGACUGGUGGAAUAAAUUUUCGCAUACUGGCGCCAUUAGUGUGAUUAGUUAAACGUCAAGCUAUUGCAGAUGCACCAUUUAAAGUUACAUCAUGAGGGAAAUAAAUUGAAUUUCAUUGCGUUGCGUUGAGCAUACUCAUGUCAUGAUACUGGUGUUUCGGCUGUAUGAGGCCAAUUAUACGCGGUCUUUGUGGGUCUUUUGGUUUCAGCAGAUCUUCAUGUAGACAACAACCAUAACAUCAACAGAUUGUGCCACAAUGGACAACCGUCCCGAAAACGAUGACGGUCCCAAGGAGAAAUCAUCUCCGAGGUCGUCACCGAGUUCGUCGUCAAGGAACUAUUCGAGGACCUUCAAACAGUUCGUGAGCGAUGUCCGUGUGAAGUUAAAGCUCCGAGGUUUGGAGGAGAUCAACGAUGACCAUUAUCUACACAGCAUGUCAUCGGCAAUCAGGAAAGGACUCCAAGCAACCAUUAUGAAUGACCAACAAGAAAAUCAUGAGGAAUGUCUGGAAGAUGGGGAUUAUUGCGAAUUCGAAGAACGAUUGAUCACCAUAGAAAACAAAACCAAGGAAGCUGUAUUCAGAUGCUACGCACCCAAAGUUUUCGGAGAUCUAAGGACCAUGCUGGGUAUUUCAUGUCGAGAAUACAAUGAAUGUCUUGACAAAGAGCCGUACCUACAAUAUAAAAGCAACUCAAGAAGUGGACAAAUGUUCUUCAUGACGAAUGAUAAGAGAUACUUUCUGAAGACAGAAAGCAGAAAAGACGUCAAAGUUCUACUUCGCAUUCUCCCCGAUUACGUCACGCAUCUAACGAAAUAUCCUCACUCACUACUUGUUAGAAUACAUGGACUUUAUUUUUUCAAGCUGCCGGGAAAGAAAGGAAAAUUCUUCACUGUGAUGCAGAGUGUAUUUCCUACAGAAGAGGGAAACAACAGGUAUGACAUCAAGGGUUGUGUGUUGAACCGGUACGUGAAGCCAGAGAAAGCUGGAAGCCAAUACGUUACCGUCUUGAAGGAUGUCAACUUUGGUGAUAAAAAACUGCACCUCCAGAAUCAGAGGGAAUGGUUUUUACGACAGGUUGAUGUGGAUGUCGAGUUUCUGAAGCAAUUCAACAUAAUGGACUAUAGUCUUCUGAUCGAACAGAGAGCUCUUCACUCCGUCGAACAAGCGAACGGUGGAGAUCUGGCUGACUUGGUCAUCAGAGUCAGAAAGUCAACACGAAAAAGAAGAACAAGACCUACGGUUGAUGUCAUUAAUGGCCACCAGAGACCUUCAUCAACGACAGGGUCCAAUGCAGGAAGUACAGCCCUGGAUGACAUGGUUGAACUUCCAGGAACGGUCAGUUGUUCCGGAGAUCCUUCCCUCGAUGACGACAUCCCCGAUAAUCACGGAACCAACGUCCAGUACAACAAGAAUGUGAAAGGAAACCAAGAGAUGUCCAAAGAACUAGAAGACUUCGAGCUGGGACGAGUCCACAGUGACUCUUACAAGGCAACCGCAGAGGGCGCUUCGUCACAGACAACGCUUCAAGAACACAACCAAAGACUCCUCCCAAACGUACACAAUGCCAUCCACGUUGUUGAUGGUGAAAAGGAUCGUUACUUUGUUGGAGUGAUAGACAUUCUUGGUCAAUAUACGUUGAAGAAGAGGAUGGAAACCAUGCUGAAGUCAUGCCUUGCUCCAAGGACGCCGUUCUCUUCAGUGAGUUCGGAAAAAUAUGCCAAACGAUUCAAGGAUUACAUAGCGGCGCAUACAGAAUAAGGAUAGAGAUUGCCCAUAAUCAGGUUAUAUACACAACAUCAUUAUAUAUGUUUCACCCUGCUCUUUUUGAUCAAAAUGAUGAUUAAGCGAGAAUAUGAUGAGACUGAAAAUGGAAUAAUAAAUAAAUCCUUUUUAUCACGGAAUCUGUCAAAAUUUUCAUCUCGAGCAAGCAACAGAUAUACCAUGGAGCAGAUGACAAUCACUGAACAUGAAUCGUAUUUUGUCAAACUAUUAAAAUUACGACCCUUCUUGUUGGAAAUGAUGAUUGCAACGAUUUCGCCACAAAAAUAGAAGUUGUUGUCAGACCAUUUUGGCUAGUAUUUCUCAAUGUCUGGCAAGUUAAAUGAAAGUAUUUUAACAAAAGUGAUUGCUGUGCUAUGCGACGAUAUUUCCCCUCUGUUUAGCAACUCAUUCUGUCGGCGAGUAGAGAUGAUGA